AAAAGCAGUAGAGAGAUUCUACAGUAUAUACCUGUGAAUAUAGAAUAUAGAACCGUUUAUAUCCCAUUGGCUUAGCCUCCCAACAGCACGAGACACUGAAAACGAAGUUAACUGGGGGAAAAUAGAAACAAGAGGGCUAAGCGUCUGAGUUUCUUGCAACAAAAAAAGGAAGGAAAAAAAAAUUAAAAAAAAAAACUUUCCGAUGCUUGAGAACUGUGAAAAUGGAUGGAUAGGUGGGAUUUGGAGAGCGUCGCGUUGGCCUCUCUGAAUUCUCAUAAUCUACCCGUUCCUUCUUUUCAGUCAUCUUUUUUAUUUUUUUGGACAUAUCCAAGAAGUUGCUAGGAAUUUCGGAGGAGGUGGGGGCAGUCUUUCUUCUUCUUCUUCUUCUUUUUCUUUUUGCUGAGGCUUGAUUGAUUUGAUCAGCAGCUUAUGGAAAUGGAGGUUAUCAACUGUGUACAUGCAGGUUCCAUGGACAUUUAAAACUGGCAACAACAAUUGUCUGAUUUAAGAAGAGUGGUGAUCGAUAACAAAGAUUCAUUGAACUCAAAGGAUAUAAUAAUAAGAUUAAGUGUUGUUUCCGGUGGCUCAGAUAUACUUGUUCUCAGUUGAAGCUCUUUCUGUGUGGCAAAUCUCUCUCCUGUGUCAUUGGGUCGAGCUGAUCUUAAAUUCGGCUACACUCGGGCACAUCUCCUUUGGCAAUACGUAUAUGGUUUUUGAAAGAACCAAAAAAUCCUCCAAGUCUUUAGCAAUAUAUAUCUGUGUGUGAUAUUGGUUCAGGGCAAAUCUCCUUUGGCAAAUUUAAAGGGUUCGACAAUUUUAAGCUCUCAUCUUAUAAGAGCAGUCAGGAAUACAGUCAGUUUGGGAUUUCUACCAGGACCUCUUCGUUUCAUGAAAUUUUUUGGCUCGACCAUACCUACUGGUGGAAAUUUUUGGUCCAUUUUUGGGCAAAUCUCCUUUGGCAUUUUGGAGUCUUGAAUAGACUCUGUUUAUCCCUUUAGUGGGCAAAUCUCCUUUGGCAUUUAAUCUCCAGUCCUGGAGAUAAUACAAUACGAAAAAAAUUGGACUAUAAACAGAGACACACUGCACUGUUUAUCCUCUGAUUUUUGGCAAGACUAUUAAUUCAAAUUGCAAUUUGCAAGUUAUUGUUCAAUCUAGCAGAGGCCUACACUCCAAACUAGUCAGUCACGAUUGAAGUGUAACCCAAGUGUGGGAUUACAACCGAACUGAACUGGUAUCAGUAUUAUGGAUUUGCUAGACAGUUACUUCGACAGUCUCAGUGAGAGCAGCAGUUCUGAGGAUCAUGAUGACAUUGAGUCUUUGUAUGGUGGACAGGCCCGUUCUAUUUUAUCUAGUCUAGAGGAAACUAUUGGAAAGAUUGAUGAUUUCCUCUUGUUUGAGAGGGCAUUCAUGCAUGGGGACAUAGUUUGCUUAGCAUCAGACCCAUUGGGCCAAAUGGGAAAGGUGAUCAAUGUUGAAUUAACAGUUGACUUGGAAAAUAUCUAUGGAAGAAAAAUACACAAUGUAAAUUCCAAAAAUCUUCAGAAGAUACGUUCGAUUUCAGUCGGAGAUUAUGUAGUUAGCGGGGCAUGGCUAGGAAAAGUGGAUAAGAUAGUUGAUCGUAUCACUGUCCUAUUCGAUGAUGGUACAAAGUGUGAAUUAACCACAAUUGGUCCGGAAAAGAUCAUUGCCAUUUCUCCUGAUAUACUCGAAGACUCGCAAUACCCUUUCUACCCAGGACAGAGAGUUCAAGUUGAUGCCUCUUCUGUUUCCAAACCAGUUGGUUGGUUAUGUGGUACAAGAAAGAAUAGAAACAACCAAGGCACUGUCUGCAAUGUGGAUGCUGGACUUGUAUAUGUUGACUGGCUCGGCUGUGCUUCUGUUGAUGGUGAGAAAUGGUCUACUCCCCCAUGUUUACAGAAUUCAAAAAAUUUAACAUUGUUGUCCAGUUUUCCCCAUGCAAACUGGCAAUUUGGCGAUUGGUGUGUUCUUCCAAUGGAGCAGAUUUUUCCAUGUGCAUUUUCCUCUGGGCUGGUAAAAGGGCAUGGGCAAUCAAAAAAGAUACUUCCAAGAAACAGCCUCAGUCCUAAUUUUCAGGAAAUUUCUGUUAUUGUUCGGACAAGGACUAAAAUUGAUGUCCAGUGGCAGGAUGGCAGCCAAUCUAUGGGAUUAGAUUCACAUUCUCUGUUACCUGUAAAUAUUGUUGAUGUUCAUGAUUUUUGGCCUGAUGCAUUUGUUAUGGAAAAGGGAACUUGUGACGAUUCUAAUGUUUCCUGUGAUCAAAGAUGGGGUAUUGUGAGAAGUGUGGACUCAAAAGAACGAACAGUGAAGGUAAAGUGGUGUAACUCCACUGCUUCCGGUGAAAAAGAAGUAGAGGAGAUUGUGAGUGCUUAUGAAUUGGUUGAGCACCCGGACUACUCAUACUGUCUGGGUGAUGCAGUGUUUAGAAUGCAAAAGAGUGGAGUUUUGGAUCUAGCAGAUGAAAACUGUUUCACUAACCACACAAUCUCUAAAAGUGGUGUCUCGGAAGAAUCUGAUCUUAAGGCUAAUGAUAAUGGUGAAGUUCAGAAUAGAUAUCCGAAGAGCAACUUUUUAUCUCAUAUUGGUUUAGUAGUUGGCUUCAAAGAUUGGGUCAUUGAAGUGAAAUGGGCUACUGGUGCCACUAGCAAGGUCUUACCAUACGAGAUAUAUCGCUUUGAUAAAUGUGAUGGUACAACUGCCACUUCUAUUGUCAACGAUGAAAAUAUUCAGCAAUCAAACGGGGACACUGCAGACCAUGAGAACCAACUUUUGGGCCAGAAAGAAAAGAGGCUUCCCGAACAAUUUAGGCAGUUUGAUAUGGUUAGUGGUGGUUUGGACCACCACUUUGUUGAUCGAUCUGGCACAGGAGUCCUGCAAUCUACUCAGAUGAAAAGAGGCUGGCUUAAGAAGGUUCACCAAGAAUGGAGCGUUCUGGAGAAAGAUCUUUCAGAAACAAUCUAUGUCCGUGUCUAUGAGGAUAGAAUGGAUCUGCUUCGAGCAGCAAUUGUAGGUGCACCUGGAACUCCAUAUCAUGAUGGACUGUUUUUCUUUGACAUUUGUCUACCCCCACAAUAUCCUGAUGAGCCACCUAUGGUGCACUAUAACUCUGGUGGACUUCGCAUCAAUCCCAACUUAUACGAGUCAGGAAAGGUCUGUCUCAGUAUCCUAAAUACUUGGACGGGUUCAGGCACUGAAGUUUGGAAUCCAGGAUCCUCCACGAUUCUUCAAGUUCUCCUCUCCCUCCAGGCCCUUGUACUCAACGAAAAACCUUAUUUUAAUGAGGCUGGAUACGAUGCACAUAUUGGCAAAGCUGAGGGUGAGAAGAACUCAGUUAGUUACAAUGAAAAUGCUUUUCUUGAAAGCUGCAGAUCCAUGAUGUACCUUCUACGAAAACCGCCAAAGCACUUUGAGGAACUUGUGAAGGAGCACUUCACGGGGCGAUGCAAGAACAUUAUAUUAGCUUGUAAAGCAUAUAUGGAAGGAGCUCCAAUAGGUUAUCCAUUCGGAGACGGUAAACCUGAACAUGAAAGUCAGAAAGGAAGCUCCACGGGGUUCAAGAUCAUGCUGGGAAAGCUCUUUCCUAAGCUGGUGGAAGCAUUUUCCGAUAAUGGUGUUGAUUGUAGACAAAUGUUGGACCAGGUUGAGUAACCUAUGCCUAUAUGUAAGAAUGACAUUAUCUAAUGUAAAAUAUCAUCUUGAUGAUCAAAAGUGUGUAUGUUUGAUGAAUAAAAAUUUUAAAAAUGUAUUAAAAAAACCCAUCAGGACAAGCACUAUAUGUUCUGUAUCAGACUAUCAGUGCUGUAUGACUUGCUAUAAAUUCUGUACUAUAGAAGACAUUUGGUGUUCAUUGUAAGAUACGGUGUCAUGUAAUAAAUUCUGUAUCAAUGAAAGUGAAUAUAGUGUGUAAUCUUUUGUUUA